AUGAUUGAAAAAGAUCCAGGAUGUAUGUCAACUAAUUUGUAUAACUUAGUAAAUGAUAGGAAUUUUUGGGCAAAUGUUGAAUGCCUUACAUAUGUAUCAUCACCUGCAAAAAAGGCUGUUAAAUGUAUAGAAUCUGCAAACUCCACUUUGGCAGAUUUUUUUUUAAUCCUCAUUCAAAUGGCUGCUACAAUAAAACAGUUGCCAAUAAGUGACUCUACAGAACAUAAAGGUUUUCAAAGACAAUUUUUUCAUUCAGUGAUACGUACAGCAUUAGAAGUAUGGAAAAAUUUGGGAGGUGGAGAUAAAAGUGCACAAGAAAGGGAAAAUUUUAAUAGACCAUUAGAAGAUAUAGAAGAUUAUGGUGAUCCUGAUUAUAAUAUAGAUGUUAUAAGAGAUUCAGGAAUUUAA